UCAUCCUCUCACCCCACGUCUCCCCUCACGCGCCUCGCAUCCCAUUCCCUUUUCCAGCCCCCCUCGCUUCGUCUGCGUCUGCGUCUGCGUCUGAGACACAGCACCACGCCGCGGCCGCCCCACCCACCCGCCAGCCAGCCAGCCCUCACAAAGACUUGACCGGUUCCUGCGACCGCCUCGGCCUCUUCGCCUCCACCGCCUCUUCCGCGAUCCCCUUCCGCCCGCCGUCUUCCGUCCGCAGCCCCAGCUCCGGCUUCCCCCUGCUGGUUACCGCUCUCCCCUCCGAUCGAUCGGUCGGGGCUACGUCCCGGCGCCGGCGCGGCUCUGCUCUCCGCACCACAGAUCAUAUACAAUGGAAACUCUACGUGACAUGGCUCUGCCACCAGGAUUUGGAUUCCAUCCCAAGGACACUGAACUCGUUGCUCACUAUCUGAAAAAGAAAAUACUCGGUCAGAAAAUCGAAUAUGACAUUAUACCAGAGGUGGAUAUAUACAAGCAUGAACCAUGGGAUUUACCUGCAAAGUGCAAUGUUCCAACCCAGGAUAACAAGUGGCAUUUCUUUGCUGCUCGAGACAGAAAGUAUCCUAAUGGUGCUCGGUCAAAUAGGGCAACGGUUGCUGGGUAUUGGAAGUCUACUGGAAAAGACCGGGCCAUUAAGGUGGAUAAGCGGACCAUAGGAACAAAGAAAACUUUAGUUUUUCAUGAAGGUCGGCCUCCCACUGGAAAACGUACUGAGUGGAUUAUGCAUGAAUACUACAUAGAUGAGAAUGAAUGUCAAGCCUGCCCUGAUAUGAAGGAUGCCUUUGUUCUAUGUAAAGUUACUAAAAGAAUUGACUGGACAUCAGAGAAUGGUAACGAGGUGGGCAAUAAUAACCCUCAGCCACAACAAGCAAAUGUUGCUGCUAUUUUAGCUGUCAGUGUUGAACAACCAGAUACUGCUGCAUCAUCAAUUAUUGGUGAUGAACUUCCAAGUGAUGCUGCUACGGUAGCUAUCCCUGCUCACACAACUCCAGAUGGGAAUGAUGACCUUAAAGAAUGGCUGGAAGAACUGCUUGAUACCUCCUUUGAUCCUUCUGCUAACACUGCAGUGGAUUCUGUUUCUGCUCAACUGUCUCCGGAUGAACAAAAUGCUGAAUCAUCGAACAUUGGUGCUAUGGCUCCGAAGGUGGAACUGGACUAUGCCAGUCCUAACCAGACUGUGGUAGACGAUACAGACUUCCUGUUGCCAGAUGAUAUUCACUCCAUGUUGUAUCCUGGUAGUGAUGACUUCACUUCAUGGCAGCAAACAUACUUUACGGCGGCGGAUCCCUUCAGUCUGUCAAACAACUUCAUGGAGGAAUUUCAGAUGAAAGAGCUACAGUUACCUCUGGAAAAUAAUGGGCCUAAUCUGUAUGAACCUGCUGAUACUGGAAUUGUAGUGCGAACACGUCAUGGGGGAACAUCUGCAGCCAGCGCUCCACCAUACAAGGCUCGACUUCAGCAAAGUCUUGGCAGGAUGGUUACGAGCAGCUCUGAAUCCAUCAACCAGACUAUCAAGUUCGUUGACAACAACGGUCAUCUUGAUCUCAUGACUAAUGUGAAACACCAGAAGAAACAUGUGCGUGAUAUUACUUCUGCCAGGCAGUCUGAUGCAAAGAAGUGUGGAGGUCACAACAACCAAGGAUUUCUCAGGGGCAUCCAAAGGGCAUUUAGAGGCUGUUCAGCAACAGGACUGAAUAUACUCGUUGCUCUUUGCAUGGUUGGAGUUGCUGCAGCAAUACUGCACCAUGGACGUCACCGUGGUGGGAUCAGUUUGUAGUAGAGGGGGAUCAGAAGCGUGCCUAGUUUUAGCUGUACAAAUCUGUAGCAUCUACGCACUGUGAUCUUGAUCUUGACAGUAGGCACUGUGAUUGAAGUGGACGAGCGAUUGAGCAUGUGGCUGGGAUCCUUGCCUUCUGGAGGUACUUGGUCGUUAGUCGUUACACGUAAUGUGUGCUCUGGUGCAGGACAUUGAUUCCCUUAUAUCUGGUUUCUUCAUGGUGUUUGUACAUAUGAAGCUCUUGCUUUUUGAUCAGUCUGGCUAGGUACUAUGGUGAUGGAUGAGUGCCAAACAGAAAAGAACAAAAACAUAGGGAAUAAUAGCUGUGAUAAGUUCUCUCUUACUGCAUGCUAGAUUUGUAACUCUGAACCAUAGUUAACAGCUUGUAGUAGGGUCAUCUUUUUCAUUCGAGUUGAACCAAGGGUACUUAUGUAAAUUAGCGAGUAAUAAUCAUCAUCUCACUAUGGAUUACAGCAUUAUUGGAUUACAGUAUUGCUGUCAUUUGAAGCGAUGACCUGUUUGCUUGA